AUGUGGCCUAAGCAACAACAACAAGCAGUUGCUGCUGCUGCUGCCGCUGUCAUUGGCAUCUGUCUGCUAGCCACGGCCUCAUCAGCAUCAGCAACAGCAACAGCUUCAACUACAGCCGAAGGCACCACCAGUCUGCCUUUGCCACUGCAGCCGCCCACAUUGCCACAGAAUGCGACGACGCCUCUAAGCAACUCAGCUGGACAGGAACUUGAUGCUGCCGCUGCCUCUGCUGCUGCAACUGCUGCUGCUGUUGGGCUGAGAGGCAAUGUCACCAGCAAACAGCAGGCAGGACCCGACUUGGAGGUCAACGAUAGCCAAACACAGGACGAGCAACGGCAACUUGAACUUGCAACAGAAUCAACGUCGCCAUUUGUGGGCGUGCCUGGCUUUCUACCAACUCCAACUGCGCUGCCCAAGCAAGAGGCGCCACGUAGUGUAGGCAACUUACCCACCAAUGGCCAUGGCUACAUACAAUUCGAAAUCAACGAGGAGCCGCCCAUGGAAGUUGUGCAGCGUCGCAGCAAGCUGACCAAGUCCAAGUCCAAGAAGGAUACUGUGAGCGAAGUGCUCUUUAGUCUGUUCCCCAACGGCUUCUCGGAUAUCUUUCGAUACAGCGGCAGCGAGGCGAACACGGAGCCGGCAACAGAUGCGCCGGACCCGCAGGCGACGACGGCGCCCCUGGAGACGAGCUCCACGACGGAAGGAGCCACGAAGAAGAAUGAAACAUUUUACAGCUAUCAGGCAACGGUGACCAAGGAGUAUCGACGCGAGCUGCGCCCAGGCCACACUCAGAUUGUGGUAGAGCAGAUAAGCAGCGCCGAGCGUGAGCCCUUCAGGGACGGCAGCAAUCACAUCACGCAGGAUGAGCUGCUGCGCAUAAAUCGCGCCGCAGUGGCAUCCCCAGUGCUGCCCAGUCUGCUGCUGCGCCCCGAGCUGGAGCAUGAGGACAAUGAGACUCUCGUCGCGGCCGAGAGUGCACCCAUUGUCAUACUGGGCGAGCACGACUCCGAGCUGGAUGAGAGCGAGGCACACAGUAUCGAGGACAAUCAAAUAGCCGAGACGCGCCACAUGGGCCAGCAGCUCUACAGACGUUUGCCGGCGCCUGGGCCAGCGCCCGAGGCAAUCGAAAGCUAUCGCAAUCAAAAGGGACCGGCGGAGGAGCAACAGAUCAAUGUGCAUAUAGUGCAUGAUGAGACGCUGGCGCAGGCUCAAGGCUCGGGCAAGGCGCAGCCACAACCACAACAGGUGCUGGAUCAUUAUCAGGCGCACAGCGAGCAGCGCUUCCAGCAGCAGCAUCAGUCCAACCAGGAAGCGCCCUCCAGGCAGUUUCUGAAAACCUUCAAGCCGGUGAUAUCAGCAGGCGCCGAUGGACCCAUAGCCAAGGGCUCGUUUCACUAUGAGGGCAGUCAGACGUCCAAUGCUCCAGCCAAGCAGCAGCAGCAGCAGCAGCUGAAUACCCAAGCUGUAGCUUCAGCGCCAGCAGCAGCAACUCCCAGUCCAUAUGCUGGCUAUGCUGGCCCCACACCCAAUAGUUUGGUCUAUGUUACGCUGCACUCACCUAAUCCUGUCGAGGCUACACCCGCACCACAUCCACAGCUGCCCAGUCCACAUGACUAUGUCUCUGAAGCCGCCGCUGAGCCUUCCCAGCAGCAUGCCCAACACGCAGCCGCACCAGAGGACAGCGCCAUUGCCCACUCACUGCCAGAAACCCAAUUGCUGGUCAAGCCGAAUGGCUACACCUUUGUUGAGGUGCAAAAGUCUGUCAAUAUACACAACAAGCUCAUCACGGAGAAGGAUGGACGCCUGGUGGAGCAGCAUGAGACCAUCUAUCAGAUGCCUCCUUACCACAAUAAUCAGUUCAGUCAAUCCUACAGUCCCAAGCAGUUUGUAGCUGAGGCGGCGGCGGCGCAUGCGCCAGAGCCUGCCAAGAAUUAUGUUUCACUAGCAGCGCAUCCCAUCAAUGUGCAGCAGCUGGAGUACGACAGCUCGCCGCAAGAGGGCGCCAAUGUGCAUCUCGAAGUGGAGCACAAGGCGGAGCACGCUGAUCAUCCCACUCCCAAAGUGGUAGAGAAGCAUAUUCAUGUGCCCUAUGCUGUGCCUCAGCCUGUGCCCGUGCCCGUGCAUGUGGAGCACUAUGUAGAUCGUCCUUAUCCAGUGGAAACUAUAGUGGAACAGCCAGUGCCUUAUCCAGUGGAAACUAUUGUCGAGAAGAUUGUCGAACGCCACGUGCCAGUCGAAGUGGAGCGCAUUGUCGAAAAGCCAGUGGAGAAAAUUGUGGAAAAGUAUGUGGAUCGCCCCAUGGCCAUACCCAUCCAUGUGCCUGUGGCCAUACACAUGCCCCUGCCGCCCACUCAUGGGCACAGCUUUGGCUACAGCUCGCAUCCCAACGCCUUGCCGCCCUGGUCCUCCCAAACCUCCAUUGCCCACAUACCGCCCAAGGUGCUCCAGAAUUAUUACACACGCAUGUUGAAGAAGCUGCUGCCGCAAUUUAUGACGCCCGCUGGCAAAGCCGCUGCUCCCGCCAAAGCAGCUGCUAAACCGUCCAAGGUAAAGCCGCCGGUGCAGCCCGUGCGUGGUGAGGCGCCCAAGGUGGCCAGCUUUAGUCUCGCCGACAUGCGAUUCGAUCUGCGUCCGCCGCCGCCGCCUCUAGGCUCGCCUUGGCUGCAGGGCUCGCGCUAUAUUUACAACACGCUGCCCUCGGAUUUGUCUGCCGCCGCCGCCUCCGCGCCCGCCCAAAUGGUUAAGUCGUAUAUUGGACCCGUGCCGGCGACCAGCCCAACCAGCGAGCAAACCGGCAACGAGUUCGAUGAAUUCCAACGCUGGCGCAAUGGACACUCGCUCAAGCGCAGCCCCGACUUUGGUCGCAAUCUCCAGCUGGAGUACGGCUUCAAGCCGCCGCUGGUGCCCUCGCUGGAGAUCGACGACAAGGGCAUGCCCCUCAAGCAGGCCGAGCCGGACACCAAGUAGAGCAACAGAGCAGUGGGAGUUUCAAA